GUUGCUCAGCCCCAGGGCGGUGCCACCCCGGGCCGAGGCGGAUCCCGCUGCCGUCCGCGCUCCGUUCCCCGCAGCGAUGUCGCUGCCGCUGUCGGACCAGGAGCGGCGGAAGCAGAUCAGCAUCCGCGGCAUCGUGGGAGCCGAGAACGUGGCCGAGCUGAAGCGGGGCUUCAACCGGCACCUCCACUUCACGCUGGUGAAGGACCGCAACGUGGCCACCCCCCGCGACUACUUCUUCGCCUUGGCGCACACGGUGCGGGACCACCUGGUGGGACGCUGGAUCCGCACCCAGCAGCACUACUACGAGAGGGACCCCAAGAGGAUCUAUUACCUCUCCCUGGAGUUCUACAUGGGCCGGACGCUGCAGAACACCAUGAUCAACCUGGGGCUGCAGAACGCCUGCGAUGAAGCUGUGUACCAGCUGGGGUUGGACAUAGAAGAGCUGGAGGAGAUCGAGGAGGAUGCGGGGCUCGGUAAUGGUGGGCUCGGCCGGCUUGCAGCCUGCUUCCUUGACUCGAUGGCAACGCUGGGGCUGGCAGCCUAUGGCUACGGCAUCCGCUACGAGUACGGCAUCUUCAACCAGAAGAUCCGCAACGGGUGGCAGGUGGAGGAAGCUGACGACUGGCUGAGGCAUGGCAACCCCUGGGAGAAAGCCCGCCCAGAGUACAUGAUUCCUGUGCACUUCUAUGGCCGCGUGGAGCACACUGCCGGUGGCACCAAGUGGGUGGACACCCAGGUGGUGCUGGCACUGCCCUAUGAUACCCCUGUGCCUGGGUACAUGAACAACACCGUCAACACCAUGCGCCUGUGGUCGGCUCGGGCACCCAACGACUUCAACCUGCGGGACUUCAAUGUUGGGGAUUACAUCCAGGCUGUGCUGGACAGGAACCUGGCUGAGAACAUCUCCCGCGUCCUCUAUCCCAACGACAACGUGAGUCAGGGGUUCUCACUGUGUGUGAUGAGUGGCACAGGGCUGCGAUGCCACGUGAUGCCCUGUGAGCCUUUCCCUGUGUGCCCAGUGCCCAUUCCACUCCUCUCACAGUUCUUUGAGGGCAAGGAGCUGCGUCUGAAGCAGGAGUACUUUGUGGUGGCUGCGACCCUGCACGACAUCAUCCGCCGCUUCAAAGCAUCCAAAUUUGGGAGCACAGAAAGCGUCCGCACCGUGUUUGACUCCUUCCCUGACCAGGUCGCCAUCCAGCUGAACGACACGCACCCCGCCAUGGCCAUCCCUGAGCUGAUGAGGGUUUUUGUGGAUAUUGAGAAACUGCCCUGGAACAAGGCCUGGGACAUCACCAAGCGGACAUUUGCCUACACAAACCACACCGUGCUGCCCGAAGCCCUGGAGCGCUGGCCAGUGGACCUGGUGGAGAAGCUGCUCCCCAGACACCUGGAAAUCAUCUAUGAGAUCAACCAGAGGCACCUGGACCACAUUGCGUCCCUCUUCCCCAAUGACGUGGACCGGCUGCGGAGGAUGUCCCUGAUAGAGGAAGGAGGCACCAAGAGGAUCAACAUGGCUCACCUCUGCAUCGUCGGCUCCCAUGCUGUCAAUGGAGUGGCCAAGAUCCACUCUGAGAUCGUCAAGUCUGAAGUCUUCAGGGACUUUGCAGAGCUGGAGCCCGAUAAGUUCCAGAACAAGACCAACGGCAUCACCCCGCGGCGCUGGCUGCUGCUCUGCAACCCGGGGCUGGCCGAGGUCAUUGCAGAGAAAAUAGGGGAGGACUACGUGAGGGAUCUGAGCCAGCUGGCAAAGCUGCACGAGUUUGUGGACGACGACCUGUUCAUCAGGGAGGUUGCCAAAGUGAAGCAGGAGAACAAGGUGAAGUUUGCACUGUACCUGGAGAAGGAGUAUGAGGUGAAGAUCAACCCCUCCUCCAUGUUUGAUGUGCAUGUGAAGAGAAUCCAUGAGUACAAGCGGCAGCUGAUGAACUGCCUGCACAUCAUCACCAUGUACAACCGCAUCAAGAGAGACCCUGUGAAGCUCUUUGUCCCUAGGACGGUGAUCAUUGGAGGCAAGGCUGCACCAGGUUACCACAUGGCCAAAAUGAUCAUCAAGCUCAUCAACGCUGUGGCCCAGGUGGUCAACAACGACCCCGUUGUGGGCAGCAAGCUGAAGGUCAUCUUCCUGGAGAACUACAGGGUCUCCCUGGCAGAGAAGGUGAUCCCUGCCACCGACCUGUCGGAGCAGAUCUCCACGGCGGGCACGGAGGCGUCAGGCACAGGGAACAUGAAGUUCAUGCUGAAUGGGGCUCUGACCAUCGGCACCAUGGAUGGAGCCAACGUGGAGAUGGCCGAGGAGGCUGGAGAGGAAAAUCUCUUCAUCUUUGGGAUGAGGGUGGAGGAUGUGGCAGAGCUGGACAAGGAUGGCUACAACGCCCAGCAGUACUAUGACCGGCUCCCUGAGCUGAAGCAGGCUGUUGACCAGAUCCAGAGUGGCUUCUUCUCCUCAGACGAGCCAGACCUCUUCAGGGAUGUGGUCGACAUGCUCUUCCAUCAUGACCGGUUUAAAGUCUUUGCAGAUUACGAGGCUUAUGUCAAGUGCCAGGAGAAAGUCAGCGAGCUGUACCUGAACUCCAAGGCAUGGACCAAAAUGGUCAUCAGGAACAUCGCAGCCGCAGGCAAGUUCUCCAGCGACCGCACCAUCAAGGAGUACGCGCGGGACAUCUGGCACGUGGAGCCCACUGACCUGAAGAUCCCACCGCCCAACGAGCCGCGGGAGGGGGCUGAGGACAGGACCCCCAACGGCACUGCAGCACGGGCAUAGGGCAGGGGAGGAGCUCAGAGCUGAAAGCCAAAUCAUUCCAACCCAUUGCUUGCGGUAGGGGCUCAAACUAAAAGCGCUGCGCGGAGGCCGAGUGGGGGUUGCUGGAGGUGGAACGAUGAAUUGGGCUUGCUCACUGCAAAGCUAAUUGCUGAAAGCACAGGGGCUGGGGGUAUCUGCAGUGCACCCUCGCCCUGCUCCUGGUCCCUGCUUGACCCCUCUGUCCCUGCAGCUGUACCUCCAUCCCCAAGCACCCCGCAGCAAUGGGAGGACUAGCAUGGGUCUCAGUGUUUAUUACAUACAGCAGUAGUAGGGUCAGUGCAACGGCGGGGUCCCAGCGCGGGGCAGGGGCAGUGCUUAUGGGCGCUGCAGGCAGCAGCUGGAGUCACUUCAUGUUCAAGAAAUCUCUGCAACGAGAUGCAAUAAACCUCACGCUGUGUCGCUCA